AACAUCCCAGGGAGGUAUGACAGGCAGCAUGCGACCAUCAUGAGCAAUAGCCCAAGCACCUCCUUCCCAUUCCAUUCUAUCGUACGUGCUCGGCUAUGCCGACGUUGCUGCUGCUGGCAGAGGAAAAUACGAUCCUGGAUCUGGAGAGAGGGCUAUAUGUGUUUCUUUUCUUAUGUCUGCAUCCCUUGGGUUCUGGUGGGGUUGUUGAGCACUUCAGUUCACACACCUCACGCUUCUUCUUAUGUGCCAGAGUUUUCCGUCUUCUCGCCUCGAAGAGGGGGGGGACGCUAUUCCCUCUCCUAUCCGAUAGAACGACUCUCCUACGCCCUCUCAACCUCCUUUCCCUCAUCAUUUCCAACACUCUUUCAUGGUGCUACGGCUCGGAACGGCGAACUAUAUUAGUGAUUUGCUCUCUCUUUCUUGUCUUUCGUCUCGCAUCUUCGGUCACGAACCAUUUUAAUACUAGAGUUCCGUCUUGUCUUGUAUCAGAGUACAAGAUCGCACUGCUGUCUACCUCUCGGUUCACCCCUCGCUCGACCACAUGCACACACACACUCUCUCUUAUCUAUCACAACCCGACUUCCAACGCCCGCGUCUUCGCCACAGUGGGGCGCGACAAAGUGAGUGCAGCAGAUCGGGGUUAUCUUCAGCAUGGAAGUCACAUGUGUGCUUUUUGUCAUCGUGAUCGACAGGGGUCGGAGUAUUCUGCUUUAUUUACACCGCAUUUUAGCAUCUAUCCAUGUGUUUGACUACGUGCGCAUUCUCUUCAUCGAGGGGUAUGUUGUGCAGGACAGAUGAAAGUCCCCUCCCAUCAUCGGUCAAAGGAGU